ACUAGCUUUUUCUAGCUCUAAUCCAUGUCACAUCGCAGCACCAAAUCCGAAGUCUGGCAACACUGGCAGACGAAAUCGACGGGAAAAAAUAUGAUAGACGUAAAAAAUGGUGUUGACAAAACCACCUGAAAGAUAGUGAAAUUCGGUUUAAUUUUAAAUUUAGAACGCGAUUCGUGUCCGGGAGAUGUGCUAGCCGAUAAGAUAAGAUGCUGGCCCUGGGCAGAACGGCCUCCUUGGGCGCCGCCUCCGCCGCUGUCUCCGUUGCCUUGGCCGUUCCCUCAGCCUGCGCCUCCGCCCCUGCCCUUCGCCUUGCCACAUCAACAAAAACAAACGUACACAAACAAAGGCAAACAGAUGUUUCGCACCAGUUACGUAAUGUACGAGAAUUGGCGCUCAAUUCAAUGCCACUGGGACUGAGCCGAGCAGUACCGGCAGCAACACGUGAAGCAAUACACGGUCAGCAGCAGCAGACCCGCAGGAAUUUUCACUAUUCGGCCGCGAACGAUUCGAGAUACUCCGCCAGCACCAUUAUGACUUCCUACUGCAAGGAGCUGAUCCUGAAUGACUACGACAUCGUGGGCUUCGACCUUGAUGGCACUCUGCUACGCUACAAUUUGCACGAGAUGUCAGCCUUGAUCUAUCGGGUACUCAAGGAGUUCCUGGUGGAGCAGAAGGGCUACAAGAAAGAGCUUCUAGACUUGCCGCUAGAUCUGGACUUCCUACAAAAGGGUUUGUUUCUGGAUGGGCCGCGCGGCAAUGUCCUAAAGCUGAGCAAUGAUGCACAGAUCCUGCGGGCGGCUCACGGCACUCGGCUGCUGAGCGACGCGGAAAUCCUUGAUAUCUACGGGCCAGAGCGCAAGUGGGACGUGACCAGUGCCUUCCACAAGGAUCCGCUGUCCACGUGGAAUGGCGCUGCCUCAACGCAAAUGCGCUCCUUGCUGGAUUACUUCGAUAUGCCCAGUGCGUUGGUCUUCGCCCAAGCCGUGGAUCAGGUGGACAAGGAAAGGAAACCAUCACCUGGCGAGGAGUACCAAGUCUGGCAGGAUGUGCAGGCAGGCUUGAUGAACAUCUACAGCCGGGAGCACUUCGCAAAUGAUAAGAGCUCGUACUUCAAGAGCAUGCGAGCAGAGCCCGAGAGAUUCAUUCUCCGAACGGACGCCAGAGUGCUGAAGUGGCUGCAGGAGCUGCGGCAAGCGGGCAAGAAGCUUUUUCUGCUCACCGGCUCUAAUGUGGACUUUGCCAAUCUAACGGCCACGCAGGCUCUGGGAAAGGAUUGGCGGCAGCACUUUGAUUUUGUUGUGACGUACGCUAAGAAGCCGGGCUUCUUCACCAGUGAGCGGCCCUUCAUGCAGGUGGAUGUGCAGAAAUUGGAGGAACUGCCCACGGAGGCGACGGAAGUAAGGGUGGGCGAGGUCUACUCCCAAGAAUGGCACCAGCUGCACGCGGCUAUGGCCAGGCUCCUCCAUAAAGAGCCGGGUGAUGCCACGCUCUACUUCGGCGAUAACAUUGUUCAGGAUGUUUAUACGCCAGUCAAACAUCGCGACUUCGAUGCCGUGGCAAUUUCCGAGGAGUUGCUUCUGGAGGACGGUAAGUAUCCGUAUGUCGCCGAAUUGGACUCCCAGAAAUGGGGCUCGUACUUCGCCCUGGGCUGCACGCCGACACUGUGGUCAAGCUUCAUUACCACCUACGCCCAGUUGUGUGUGCCAUCGGUGGAGCAAGUAGCGCAAACAUCGCCGGAAAAGAGAAUUAUCUGCACCAAUCCGUACGGUUUCAGUCCACGGCUGCCCAAGGAGCUGGAAGCGCUGCACCUGAAGAGCUGCUCACGGUAACGGUGGAGGCGAGAGGCUAUUUAUCAUCUUCCUGGAGACAAUAAACGACCUGUGAACUCGUGGCGCAGUUAAUCCGAUAACGCUUCUUUCAGCUGGAAAAUUGCAUUCAAAAUUCUUGGGUACAAACGAAUUGUAUUUAAUAAUAGCAAUAAACAGCGCGAUUUCCUGAACAAUUCAA